AUGGGUUUCGGCAGAAGAAGAAGAAGAACAAGAAGAAGCAGAAGAAGAACAAGAAGAACAAGAAGAAGCAGAACAAGAAGAAGCAUUAGAAGAAGAAGAGGCAGAAGCAAAAGAAGAAAGAAGAAGCAAGAAGCAGGAGAAGAACAAGAAGAAUCAGAAGAAGAGGACGAAGAACGACGAAGAGGUAGAAGCAUAAGAAGAAGAAGAAGAAAAAGACGAAGAAGACGAAGAGGUAGAAGCAGAAGAAGAAGAAGAAGAAGAAGAAGAAGAAGAAGAAGAAGAAGAAGAAGAAGAAGAAGAAGGACUCGUGCAAUUGUAAACAAAUUCAAACGCAGUGAUUAUGAGCUGGCUAUGCAGUUUGCUGCACAGAAGAGUCAUCCACGAUCCAGCAGAUCGACAAAUAUACUUAGCGACGGAGCUACCAAAAGAACCCCCAGUGUUUUCCCAGCUGCCCUGAAGAGACAUUCUUUUGUUGAUCCUCAAAACAGCCUUGGAAAUGGAGGACGACGAUCUCUCAAAUUUCGUCUCGAGAUCAGGGACCUGUGCCAGAGUCAGAUUAAAAUGGAGGUAACACGCAGGGCCAUUGCUCCAGGUAAUCUUCGGAGAUUAAAAGCACAAAUAUCCUUCGCAAACAAUGCAGGAAUUGUCCUGCAGUAUGCCACAACCUGCAGCAAUUGUAACCGCUAUCAAGGCUCUGCCUGUCUUGAUGAGGCUGGAAAUCUGGAGGACGAAAUUGAUCACUCUGGCUUUGAAGAAGACCAUGUUUCGGAUAACGAAGUAGUAUACGGACGUUCCAGGAAUGAAGAAGGCGACCAUACAGAUAGUGAAGAAGAAACAAGGAAUUUGGAUAUAAGUCGAAAGUUCGAGGAAGUAAUUAAGGAAAAUGAAAAUCUUUUCUUGAGGUUUGAGAAAGAGAGAUUAGAAAAGGAUCAGCUGAUAGAUGAAUUACUGAACAAGGUAGAGGGUGCCUGA